AUGUCGUUGCCGCUGAUGUCUGCUAAACCCAUCAGUCUGGUGGAGAGGUGUUGGUGUCGUUCUACAGUCAACACCGUCCCCCAGCGCAACAUCCGAGAACUGAAGUUCCUACACACACCCAACUGCCCCUUCCAAGUGAUUGCCAAGCUGAAGAACCACAAGGAGGUUUGUAUCAACCCUGAGACCAAGUGGCUGCAGCAGUACCUGAAUAACGCCCUCAACAAGAUGAAGAAAUCCAAGCAGACCAACUAGAGAGCCUGCAGGAAGACCAACAGAUAUGUAACAUGAGACGUGUAGCUUGUAAUAUGUACUCUCCCGUCACGCACGCUGAACAGCACUUAUCCAACCCACGGCUUUCCAAAACCACCACCCCUGUUACCAUCACCACCUGCACCCGUUAUAGACUCCACCCCUGCUAGUGCCAAGUGCAAUUAUAUCUGUGUGAGUGUAUGUUUUUAUCAAUUAUGUAUAUACCAUUUUUUCUUAUACUAUUUCAUCA